AUGGAGGAUGGCAAUAUCGAGGGUGUCGACCUUGCUGCAGUCCAAGCUUCUGAUGGCGAUGGGACGGAUUCCACAGAGUCUGCAUCUUCGUCUCAGCUGAGGAGCAAUGCUGUUUGGAGGGUAAACACGCACGAAUCUCUGCCCCCGAAACCUUUCUCUGUCAUCGAUUUGACAAGCCCAGCUCGGCCCAACGGCCCAGUCUACCUUGGUCCUAAUCCUCGCCCAGUAAAGACAAAUGGUUCUCGAUCACAAGGCUCACCGAUUGCCAGCCUCGCCGCUUCCCCUACACCCCGCCCGCAAAUCGACCAUCAGAUAAGACUCCUACCAGCAGAGAUUCGAGCCCCGAAUCCUCAAGGGGGCCAGAUGGAGUUUACAACGCAUCUUACCAAGACGCUGAAGAAGAUGACCAACGGGGAGGCACCCUUGCUCAAGCAUUUCCGGCCGGCAUUUGUCAGUCGAGACAUCCAGGUGCUCGAGCGAGGGUACUGGCAAUUUUGGAUCAAAAUAGCAGAGGAGAGUAUUGUGAAAGAGUCAAGACAGCCUCCGAGAGCAACCUUGAAGCUGCUAGGGUCUACGGCACGCAAGGAGCGUGGCAAGGCCGCGGGUGUGCGGGAGCUAAAGACUCCGGUUCACGCUCUGUGGACCGAGUGUGAAUUCUUACAGUUCUGGAAGAAUGUGACAUUGGUUAUCGAGUCAGAUCAGGGCAUUCACAUGGGGAGAGACGCUCGGACACAUUUGGAUGUUGUUUUUGGUGUUAUCAGAUCGGCUGACGGGGAAAUCUGGGGUAUGGAUGAGAAAGGGGCCGGAGGGGGCACGAGGGGUCUGGAGUUUGGGAUAAGGCUGAGGCAAGAUGCAUGGAACGGGCUGGUUUGGUGGAAGAUCGACAUGGAUUUUGGGGGAAAUUGGAAUGGCCGUGGGCAAUGA